AUGAUAAAGAAGAUGUCGACAAAAUACUAUUCUGAUGCUAUCUCCAAUCCAACUCUUCAGAAAUACUAUGCUGAAUUAGAAGCUCUGGCUCUUGAACGCACGGAGGUGAAUGAAAUUGUUGAUCAUACACAACCUGAUGUGGAAGAAAUGCAAAAACAUGCUGGAAAGGAGAUUAGCAAAUUUAUCGACCUCAUAUCCCAAGCUGAUGGGGAUAAAUGUUUCGCGUCCCCUUCAAAGAAAGCUGCAACUUCCUUAGAUCUGAAGGAACUUCAAGACCACGUUAAAAGCGGCACACUGGCCAAAUUAACAGUACCUACACUGAAGCAGUGUGCCAUCAUGCGAAAUGUAAAAUCAGCCUCAAAUAGAAAGGCUGCUCUUUUAGCGGCAAUCAUUGACUUCUUUGACGCAUAG